AUGCACUGCGAUAUACAUGGAGCUUGCAACAAAAGGAGGACCCCGACCCGGACAACGCGUAUCCUGCGACGAGAAAGCGCUUGUUCAAAUUGGAUCAAGAUCGACUUCUCCAGGUGGUUGAGGAAGUCCUCCAGCGAUACGGCCUGGAUUCUGCUCUACUCCGAGGCGAAAAUCGCACAACAAAGGAAAGGCCAAGAUUCAAUCAAUGCAAAUAUGCAUAGAUUUGCGGCCGGCGUGGUCCCCACCGAGGACGAUCAAUCUUCGAGAUAUGAGCUCUUCAGAUCUUACCAUGCGGGAGAGUCCCAAACCGACUUGGUGCUUCAAGGGCCAGAGCCAGCCGAUUGUCGGAUGCCAGAGGUCUUCGCGGCCACUGGCGCUGCGAAAUUCUUCCUGAAACCGUACAAAAUUGGAAACACGACGUUCUUCGAUGAGACAUUUCCACAGUCUCAUCCCAUCUCUUCCAUUGCAUUUGACGAAGCGAAACGUCUAUAUGGUCGAGAGGUCGAGAUCUCGAUCUUGCUGAACAUUGGUCCCGGCAUCCCGGCCGACAAGGAUUGCCAGGAGCUUGAUUUGAUGGCUCUUGAUCCGAUAAGUCGUCUUGUGGGGAGGUUUACUUGGCCCUCCGGGAGGCGCCUCUCGCUCCGGCAGAGAUUGUUGUCCAUCGGGAUGCCCCAGCCAACUUCCAAGAAGGACUCCGAACUCACGAGCCCAAGUGAGAAGGCGCUCAGGCUGGAGGACCGAAGGAGAGAAGAUAUUAAGGCUACGCCAGAGGAAACAUACGGGUCUUCGGGAGCAGAGAGAUACCAUCAUCUGGGGCCAGCAUAUUCUGCAGAGCAAGCUUCCCUGAAUGAUGUCCACGCUCUUCGUCUGCCGCGGGGAGACUUUGACGGUCUGAAGCAGCAAAGCAUAGCUGAGGCAGAAGACAUGGUCAGGAAGGUAUGGGUCGACGCCGUGGCUUGA